AUGCGAGCGCGGGCCGGGGUGGCGGCGGCGGCCGCGGGGGGCCUGGGGGCUGCGGCGGCCGCCCUGGCGAAGCUGGCGCUGGGCCCGGGCGGAGAGGCAGCCGGCGGCCCGCUGCCAGUGUUGCUUCGCUUCAGCUGUGUUGGCCUGGUGUUUGUGUGCAAUGCAGUGAUGUGGACAGUCUUCACAAAAGCCUUACGACUCUCCUCCUCCUCAGCUGCUGCCUCUGUGACAACAACUGCCUCCAACUUCAUCUCUUCGGCUAUCCUGGGAAAAUUGCUCUUCGGGGAGACCUGGACACCUCUGUGGUGGGUCGGCCUCACCACGACAGUCUGCGGGCUCAUGCUGCUGCACACGGCUGCACCCCAGCUGGUGCAGGUCCCAGCGGAGAAGAAGGAAUGAUAGCUGCUGGAGGGGUCAUGGUGCCAUGCCGCCCCUCUCCAGCCUGUCUCAUGACGACAUCCCCAGUCCCCACCAGCCUCUGAACACGUCGGCGACCGAGCUGCUAACCCCUGCCCACUGCUCAUCUGCUGACUUGCAAAAUUGCAUUGGUCACAUCUUUCCUGGUGGUGGUGUGGUGGCAGUGACAGCCUCGGAGGGGGCUGGUCAACUCUGAGUCAGUAUUGUGAAAAUCAGGGCCAGAGGCCAUCAGCCACUCCUCCUCUUCACACCCUGUGGAGCUUUCCCAGUUUGGGGAAUGCUGAAAGUAAACAUGGUGGCUGUGGAAGGUGCUUGUGCAUCAGUAUUUCUCCAUGAAAGGACCUAUCCCAAAAAAGAAAAGCAGUCACAAUUAGAUGCUGAAGGCAGCUCUUAUUUCUGCGCUGCUGUUCCUGACUUUCUAUUUCUUGAAAUGAUUCUAUGCCUUCUGCUACCUGUAAGGUUGUGGAGGCUUUCAUUAAUUCCUUCAGCUUCCUCUAUCAGUUACAUACACCUUUUAACUUGCCAUUUGUAUCUGACAUCUAGAAUUUUCACUUACCCAUUCCUAACAUGUUACUCACUGUAAGGCUGCUGCUCUUUCCUUUAAACCCUUACCCAGAAUACCAUUCCUGCUUUGUGUAGGUCAAACUAAUUUUGGGACAAUUCAACAAGCAACCUGCUUUCACUUGGAGUGUCUAUGUUCAACAUGUCCCCCAUCCCCACUCAAGUUGACAAUUGCUUUAGUGUUUGGUAAAAGGGAGUUUCUCAAGCCAUGUUUUUUCUACACCUCUGGAAGAUGCUUGUUCCAAUUCUCUGUGCUUCACCUAACUUAGUCCCAUUCAUGUGAUGUGAUCAACCAGAUCACUGGUAUCCAGGUAUCUGCUAAAUUUUGCAUCAAUGAUUACUCCCUGUUCAGCUGUCAGUUUGGUGAAUGUGUCACGAGUCAUCAUUUGUAAGGUAUCAGCUUCAUUCCCCUGCCCUCUUUUUUUUUCCUUGGAAAUUCUUCAGUUGGAAUCAUAAUUAAGAAAUAUAAUGAUGCCUAUAAAUGUAUGCAUGCAUCAUGCUGGUGAUAUCACUUGUUUGCUCUGGGCUUGCCAGGUUGUCUCUGUCAUCUUGUAAUGGCAGAAGGUGAGUCACGGUUGUGGCAUGUGCAGAAAACCUAAGGACACAUUUGUGUUAGCGUCUGUAUCAGAACCUGUCAGGUCAUGACAGGUAGAUCUGUGCUGUGUCAAGCAUAGAAUAGACUAGUGGAUGGAAAUGCCACUGGAGUUGGGUUUGUGCCUUUUUCUUCUUUGAAUCAGAAGAGUCACUGUCCCAAAGAAGAGGCCAAGAGCUCUAUUCCCUGCCAUUCUAGCUCACCACAUUUGGUAGCUGUGUCCCAAGAGGGGCAAAGCCUUUGCCUCUCCCCUCAGUGUGCUCUCAAGUCUUCCCAUCAAAGAGGGGAGCUGCAUAUGUGGGACGGGGGAGGCCAGAGUGCUGUGGGUGGCAGCAGUGGUAGGGUGGGACACAUUCGGUUGCGUGGGAAGCUGAGACCUGACACAGGGACCCAGCAUCCUUCAUAGGUCUGCAGACAUGAAAGCCAGGAACCAUGUAUUUCUAAGUAUAUCAAGUCUCCUUAGAUCUUCAUACAUGAUGGAAAAUUAAUAAAGCCUGAUUUAUUUGCCCUUGUUAUUAACCCUCAGCCAGCUGUAAGCCAUGGUUUCCUUUGUGCAAACAGCUGUAGAAGGAUGAGGCUUUCUGGUUAAUUUGGGUGUUGUCCCAUUUCCUAAUAAACCAUUUGGAAAGCUUUUUAACGUGGACUAUCUCAAAACUGACAUUUCUUUAUUACGGUCAUUACUGGAGGUCAAGGUUCGGGAGGUAUUUGUUCAGAAGUGGAAGGUGUGCCGAAGGUGUGAGCAACACUUUACUUGGUAAUGCUCUCUUUAAGGUGGAUGAAUAUAAACCAGGCCUGUAAAUUUCUCAUAAAUACUUGAAGGUGGGAACAGAAGUAAGUUUUCCUCCAAUUCCCAUGGGAAGAAAAGAUUGCCAAGCAGGGUUCAUUUUAUGGCAGAAUCCCACCCCUCUUUGUGUACAAAGAGUUGGACCAUGUCUGCCAGUGGGGCCAGGGCUACAAGAAAAACUGGAAUCCCUGUGUGGCAAAGCAGUGCACUUCUGAUAAACUACCCAUGUGGGAUCAUCCAAAAUGUGGCUGAAGGUAAUAAAAAAAAAAAAAAAAAAAAAAGGAUUUCCGAAAUAAAACUCUGUCCAAAG